ACCCUUUUCAUAUGAGGAUUCAACCGUCGUUGAGGUUGCAUUACUAGAUGUAAGUCAUACUCCAUGAGAAUCUUGCGAGACUAGAAGGAGGGUGAUCCUCUUGAUAUCACUAAUAUUUCAAGCUAUUGCCUUUUAGUGUCGCCUUAGUAGGUCCAACAGUAUCUUCUUCUGCUCGGGUGUGAGAUCCACGAUAAUAAUCCCCAGAAGCUUGUCGACCUACCUUAAGAAUGCAUACUCAAGGUGACUAGGGAGGGGGCUUGAGCUCCAACUCUGGUGUCUUUUCCAAGCAGGUGGUAAUCCUUUCAGACUUGGGAAUUUGCUCUAUUGGUUCUUCCAAUGCUUGCUUACCUAGCACAAGGCAUUGCUCAAGGGAGUCGUUAGUACCAGCACUCACUAUGGCAAGUGCUGAUUCAAAAUCACAAUAGUAUCAUAAUACCAAAUUUCAUAAGUACGAUUCCCCUAGGAUGCACAAUAGAAUGAUUCGCUGAUUGAAUUCUCAUCCUAAUGGUAGAGGGUUCACCUAGGCCUAGUCCCCAGAACAAUUUGUAUUGCAUGACAUUAAUGCUAGCCCCUAGGUCUGCCAAGUACUUUUCUAUAUGCAAAGGUCUAAUAGUGCAAGGGAUAGUAAAACUUCCUAGGUCUUUGUGUUAUGGGACAAUCCAAGUACCACAUCGGUUAUACAAGGGAAGGAACCCUUGUAUAUUAGUGUCCACCAAUCUCAUUAGUACGAGGCCUUUUGGGGAGGACACCCAAGAGUAAAACCGUGCGGGCUUGGCCCAAAGCGGACAAUAUCGUACUAAUGGGCUGCCCAGUUAUGACAAGUGGUAUCAGAGCCGCGGCUGUAAAUCAGGCUAGGGUUUUCGAUUCAGAAGAAUGACGUCGGUGAACAUGAAGAUCGAAAAGUUCACGGGGAAGAACAGCUUCGAUAUAUGGCAGAUCAAGAUGCAGGCUUUAUUAAAACAGCAAGGGCUGUGGGGGCUGCUGUCUACGAAACAGAAGAAGGCAGCGGUCGAUGACGAUGAGUGGAAUACCCUGGAGGAGAAGGCCCACUCGACCAUCAUGCUAUCGUUGUCUGAUGACGUCAUCAUUGAAGUCGCUGCUGAGAAGACUGCCGCGGGCUUGUGGUUAAAGUUGGAGAGUCUGUACAUGACUAAGUCUCUAACCAACAAGAUGCAUCUCAAGCAACGGCUGUUUAGCUUGAGGAUGCAAGAAGGUACGCCUUUUAGGGAACAUCUCGAACAGCUUAACUCUAUUUUGCUGGAUCUGCGUAAUAUAGAUGUUCAAGUUGAUGACGAGGAUGCUGCCCUAAUCCUGCUGGUUUCUUUACCGAGUUCAUAUGAGAAUUUUGUUGAUUCUUUUAUUGCUGGUAAAGAAAGCGUGUCGUUGGAGGAUGUCAGGUCUGCUCUUCAUACGAGAGAGAUCAGGCAUAAGGCAUCCGGAUCUGGUACAGGUGGUGAGGCAUCGGGUUUGGCUGUUACAGGUGGAAAGGGAAAGAAGAAAUCUGGUAAAGGGAAUUCGAACAAGAAUUCCAAGGGUCCCGGUCCACAGCCAGGUGAUGCUUGUCACAACUGUAAGGAAGUGGGGCAUUGGAAGUACAACUGUCCCAAGAGAAGAGGGCAACAGAAGAAACAAGGUUCAGUUGCCGUGGCAGAAGUGGACAACAGUUCUGAAGACGAUCUUGCCUUGGCUGUAGAUGAGAAGACACAUCGUGAGGAUGUGUGGUUUCUGGAUACUGCAGCCUCAUACCAUAUGUCUCCGAACAGGGAUUGCUUCACAAACUACGAGCAGAUAGAUGGUGGUAACGUGGUCAUGGCAAAUGGAGCUGUCUGCAAGGUUGUUGAAAUCGGGUCCAUAAAGGUUCGGACACAUGAUGGUUCGUUCUGUACCGUGAAUGAUGUCAGGCAUGUUCCACGAAUGACAAAGAACCUGAUCUCCUUGAGUCUACUCGACAGCAAGGGUUUCAGUUUCAAAGGAAAAGGUGGAGUUGUAUAUGUCUGCAAAGGUUCAAGGAAGGUGCUGAAGGGCGUGAAGCGUGGGACCUUGUAUGCAUUACAAGGGUAUGUGUUGUCUGGUUCUGCUGCAGUUGCAUCGUCUCAGGUUCAUCAGGAAGAUAUGACCACUCUCUGGCACAUGAGACUGGGGCAUAUGAGUGAACGGGGGAUGCAAGUUUUGUCUAAGAGGGAUCUUCUUUGCGGGCACAAGAUGCAGAAUUUGGAAUUCUGCGAGCAUUGUGUGUUCGGGAAGCUACAUCACAGCAAGUUUCCCAAGAAGGGUAUCCACCGGACGAAGGGGAUACUAGAUUACCUCCACUCCGACUGUUGGGGUCCUUCACGAGUUGAAUCCAUUGGAGGCAGCAGGUAUUUUCUGUCUAUUAUUGAUGAUUAUUCGAGAUUUACUUGGAUUUUCAUGAUGAAGCAGAAAAGUGAGGUUUUCACGAAGUUCAAGCAGUGGAAGACAUUGGUGGAGAAUCAGACCGGUAAGAAGAUCAAGAAGCUGCGAACUGACAAUGGUCUGGAGUUUUGUAAUUCUGAGUUCAACGAAUUCUGCAAGGAUGAAGGGAUUGCUCGGACUGUGAGAGAUACACCCCAGCAGAAUGGCGUUGCAGAAAGGAUGAACCAUACAUUGUUGGAGAGAGCACGGUGCAUGCUCUCUAAUGCUGGACUAGAGAGAAGAUUUUGGGCAGAAGCAGUGAACAUGGCGUGCUUCCUGAUCAACCGUGGACCUCACACAGGUAUCGAGUUGAAGACUCCUUAUGAGGUGUGGUAUGGUAAGCCUGCGGAUUACUCUUCACUGAAAGUUUUUGGGUGUCCUGUUUAUUAUCAGGUGGAUGAGGGUAAACUGAACCCAAGGGCAAAGAAGGGUGUAUUUGUGGGUUACGGAGAUGGAGUUAAGGGAUUUCGAGUCUGGUCACCUUCUGAGCAUCGAGUUAUACUUAGUAGAAAUGUGAUAUUUGAUGAGAAGUCUAUGUUUAACCCCAUGUUGAAGGUUACUGUUGUUGAAGGUAGCAGGAAUGUUGAUAAGCAGGUGGAGCUGCAAACUCUCAAUGAGAGUGAGUUUGAGCACCAAGGUGGAGAAGAUCAACAUGAUGAGGAUGUCUCUGCAGAGCCAGAAACUUCAGAGUCCAGUGCACGAGCUCAACAGUCUAUUGCUUCCGGUAGACCAAAGAGAGCGACUGCAGGAAUACCUCCACAGAGGUAUGGCUUCGAGGACAUGGUGGCGUAUUCAUUUCAGGUUGCUGAAGAAGUGGAUGCAGGAGAGCCAUAGUCCUAUAGAGAAGCAGUUUCGGGUGGUGAAGCUGAUCACUGGCUUGCCGCAAUGGGAGAUGAGAUGGAAUCCCAUGACAGGAAUCAGACUUGGGAGCUAGUCAAACGACCACAGGGAAGGAAGAUUGUUACAAACAAGUGGAUCUACUAGAAGAAGGAAGGGAUCACUUCUAAAGAAGGCAUGAAAUUUAAAGCUCGGGUGGUUGCACGAGGCUUCUCGCAGAGGGAAGGAGUUGACUACAAUGAGAUUUUCUCACCAGUGGUCAGACAUACUUCGAUCAGAGUGCUACUAGCAAUAGUGGCACAUUAUGACUUGGAGCUCGAGCAGCUAGACGUGAAGACAGCUUUCCUACAUGGAGAGUUGGAGGAAGAAAUUUACAUGACUCAG